AUGGCUCUCUGCUCAACUACAGUGAUUUCACCUCCAUAUGCCACUGCUCGAUUCGCGGUCGGCUCCACCUCCUCCUACAAUUUCUCAUCCUCAUCGGUGAAGGAGUCCCGAGUCCGGGUCGAUGCCGUGGGACUGGAGAUGGGAGUGGCGCUGAAUCAUGAGCAUGGCCUCGCUGGCCGCCGUCUCCGCGGAGGCCCGCUCGGCGUCGAGCUCCUGCCGCAGCCCCCGCGCUUUGCGUCCUCCUUCUCCUCGAGCAGCUGCGCUGCUGCCGCCUCCAGCUCCUCCACCCGCCAGAUCAACUCCUCCAUCGCCUCGCCGUGUCCUUCGGGACCUCCUUCUCCCCGAGCAGUUGCGCCGCCGUCGCCUCCAGCUCCUACACCCGCCAGAUCAGCUCCUCCCCCGCCUCGCCGUGUCCUCCGGGCCUCCUUCUCACCGAGCAGCUGCGUCGCCGCCGCCUCCAGUUCCUCCACCCGCCAGAUUAGCUCCUCCUCUGCUUCCAACCCACCUUGGGCGACGCUCCGGCACCGCCAGGGGGAGCUACGACCUUCAGCGCGCAUCUCCACCACCGGCUCCAUGUGA